CAGUCAACAUGUAACGUUGGAGUAGUUGGACCAACGUUUUAUGUUAACUGGGUAGAAGGGAUGAUGACCGAUGGUCAAGAAUAACAAUGUCCGAAUGGACCAUUCACCGAGGAGAUAGGGCGAUGAAAUCAGUUCGUGUGGUGCAGUUGGGCUGUCACAUCGAUGGAUCGCGAGAGUUGGGGCGGCUUUCGUUCCAGCUGUGGCUGCUGAUGAUGAAAGUGGCGAUGAGUUUAUGGCCGGGUGUGGUGGUGGUGGUGUAUGCCUUUAACUCGGCUACUUUUCGAACCUCGGCAAAGUAAAAGUUUCAGCAAUACUUGUUUUUCGUUAUAUUACAGUAUAUGUAAUAUAUUAUCCGGUUCAUAAGACGCCCCAGAAAGUAAAAGCACCCCAAACGUGUCUGGUGUCAACAAAAUUCCACUAAUCUGGUCGGUCACACCGAGAUAAACGAUUAUAGGACGAACCCCCAACUUUUGCUGUAAAACGCUGGGGGGCUGGAGGAGUGCGUCUUAUAAUCUGGAAAAAGACGAUUUACACGAGAACCGCGAUUCGUUUAUCGUCGCAUUACGCGUGUCGGCUUCCGUACCCGCAGGUAACCCAAAAGCCACGCGCCAUGCCGUCGAGAUCAACAGCCAAAGGUGAAACUUUUGUCGAUUAAAUAACACGGCAUCUGUGUUCAAUCCGGAUUAUAAGACUCGCCGGAGAUUAAGCCGGACCUCGUACACGUGACCGAUCUUCAUUUCGAAAAUAAAGUUACAUAUCUGGCCACAGUGUAGAGAAUAAUCUACGACUAUACUUUGAUUUAACUUAACGUUUUAACGGUGCCGCAUCCACUCACAAACUCGCAUUGAACAGCAUGGUGAAGUAUGCUCAAACAGCCCCCACUUGAGAUGUGGUUCCCUCCGUGUAAAUUUACUAUUGCAUUAAAGCCCAUACUUCACCACGCUUGGUUAUUGCGGGUUGGUGAGAGUGGCAGGCACCCCAGGACCGAUUCGUUUAGAAUUUAACGCAUAUCCACUGAAGUUGGUGGCCGUGCCUAGGGAUCGAACCGGGCGCGCCAGGGCUCACAGCGCAGUGCGCUAACCACCGCGCCACCGCUCCCUCCGCGAAUUUCAAACGCGGCCAUUUUGGAAACCCUUGAUUAAGAUCAGACGCAGGAGAAACGACGUAACUACAUAACUACGUUUAGAUAGCGCGAGUAACUCAAAUCUUGCUUUUUUAAACGUGUAUCAAGUGCAUGUAAGUUACCUCUCACCUCGAUUCUCAUACUGUAAUGAUUGAUAAUCUUUAAUGGGCAUAUUGAGCACUAAGAAUAAUUUGCAGGAGAGUUCUACUCCGUUUCGCCCAUGGGCCAGAGCCGAAAUUGGUACCACAAAAGCUUUCUAGGCAACGGGCGGUGCCGGGCACGAGUGGACGAUGGAGCCAGACCGUCAACCUAGGCGCAGACGCCGCUCCCAGGCGCACCAUCGCGCCAGCAUCAGCUACGAGAAGCUGCGCUCUCUGAUGCAGCCGUAUUUCAGCAGCUGCAACAUUUCCAAGUGGAUGUUACUGUGCCAAGUUAAGAUGUGCAUUGUGCAACUGGAGAAUUCCAUCGUCAACCUCAGCGAGCAAAAUGAAAAGAAUGGGAGUUAUAUCCCCUUUCCAUCCACCCUCGAGGCCAUUCAGAUGGAGUUUAUACAUCAGUAUUACUCGGCCAGCCACGCGAUUAGUGCCAGGAGACGGGCGAGGUUGGCGCUGCCCCUGCACUGUCCCGGUCUGAGUUCACCGAGAGGAGUCAAUACGCACGAGGAGGCGGCGGAACCGAGCAGAGCUCUGCAGGAGCUUCCCGUGGAGUGCGACGCUGCCCAGCGUUUCACUGCUGGGAGCCAGAUGAAUACCGGGUUGGAUCAGCCUGAGGAUGGCUCCUAUCGCAUUCCCCAGUCCUGGUUCCCGGCCGGGUCUACCUUCGGAUUCCUGAGCGAUGGCGUCUGCGACACGAGCCAGCUGCUGCAGUGCACGGAGAGCUUCGAGGAUGACGAGCUGUGACAGCGACCUGUGACGGCAACCUGUGAUGGCGACCCGUGACGGCAACCUGUGACGACGAUCUGUGAUGACGACUUGUGAAAACACACAUGCGCGCGCCUCAAUAACUUGUGUCACUGCUAGAGGCCCUUGCAAGUGACAGGAGUGACUGAGGCUUGUGUUUACUGAAACAUCCAGCAUACACGAGAACACUUGCCAUUUGCAGGCGCAUGGACACACGCACGCACACACACAGUUAGCUGUGCAGCACUGUUGGUUGUCUGUUACGCGAUGUCUUCACGGUUCACCCGACCGGCGCGUCAAUGCAUUUUCACGAUUCAGGGUUUUUAUUUAAUUCACGAAUCCAUGUUGUUGCACUUGUGGUGCAUGUAGAGCCUGCAGUGGCAUGUAUUUUACAAUCUACAAGGAGGAACGUUGGCGAAGUGGUUAGCACACUGCCAAAAACUCAGUCACCCGAGUUCGUCCCCUCAUUUGUAUGUAUGUUGAACUUAUUUUGCACCGUACGUAGCCAGCCGUGCUAAUUGGAGUUGUAGGGGAAGGACAAACUAAACACAGAAAUCAGUUCUAAAGAAAUGAUUGUUCACUCUAGAUUAUUUAUAAUUGCAUAGCGCCAGUGGCUUCCUUAUAUGGGAAGGAAGAGCAUUCCAGAUGGCUGCAGAAACGCAUCUGAACGUAUGCCUUGUGGUAACUGUCUUUGUUUGAUUUAUCCUUGUAGACCAACGAGACGAGGACUGUUUGUGGGCGCCUAUUAAGGCCAUGAUGGCACGCGAGGGGGUGAUAUGGCCAGCAACACUAUACCCAGCUACCCUGUAAUUGCACGUACACAAGACAUGCAUACAGGGACUGUUUGAACAGAAUCUAAGCCACGGCACAACCCGAUUAGUGUAGCCGUUAUACUUGCGUAUUGAGUAGUAAAGUAGGCCGUUAAAUGUUUGGUCGACGUUAUUGUUGUAUAGAUGUUGAGGUUGAGUACCAUGUUACAUUGGACGUUGCCAGUGGUGUAGCGGUCAGUGCACUGGGAUUGCAAUCCAGAGGUAGCCGGUUCAAUUCGGACUCCUGGCACAUAAUUUGAUACGGAGUUUCUUAUAGAGUCCCCCUGCAGUAAAUCUACCCAACCAGUCGAUUGGCAGGUCGCGUGUGAGGGGGUAAAGUGUUGGCAACUCCCACUUAUUUACAAUGGUCUGACCAAUGUGGAAGAGUAGGCCAAAACACCAUUCUAUGGAGCUCACUAGUGGAUUCCCUUCCGUCAGCAGAGGCAUAAGCAAGGAUUGCAGGGAUGCCCCUUUACCUUUAUAACCUACGUAGUGAUGCUCAGGCAUGUUUAGUGUUCCUAGGAUGCAGUGUUAAUGCCAAAGACUUGUACAGCCAGCCAGACUCGGGCACCUAAAGGAUUAUCUGCGGCUAUGUUAACAGUCAAAGCUCAGCCAGGUUAUGGAAGUGUUCAGAUUCCAGAGGCUCAGAGAGCUAGACCAAGGCACCUUUAGGAUUCCUAGGAUUUAUUGUUUGUAAAUGACAUUUUCUAUUGGGUUUUGCAUGACGUUGUACUUGUUACGGACGUAAUUUUUUGCAUGCACAGCGUUGUGAAAUAGUUAAAAGUAAACAGCAGUUUGUAAUUGUACACGUUACGGUGUUGAAACCGAUGUUAUUAAAAUGUUUACACCUGCGCUGUUAUUAAAACGUUAAACAAAUAUACACGGGUCCGUGAGUGCGGACGGUGAACAGGAUGUAGUUAUUGCCCUGCUGACACCUGGGAAAUAAAUUAUUAAAUAAUGA